AGAAUCUCUCGUGCUGGAUUGUCAUAGCAAGUAGUAACGCCAAUUGUAGUCGUCUCCAUUUUCGCCCCUUCCUCGCGCAGUUUCCUGUCUCCCGCGCACGUCCUGGCGUCGCACGGGCGAGGGAAUGUGGUCGCGUUCUUCCAAAACAGAAAAGGGGGAAAGGAAGAAGUGAAGACCGGCCGAGAGACGCUUGCCGGGAGGCGGACGGAGACCGGAGGAGGCAGCGUUGACACGGGAUACGAAACGGCGAGCGUGGACUCCCGUCGGUUUCCACCUUGCGGCGGUCGGAGCGUGCAUGUAAGCGAGCGCUGGCUCACGAGUAAACAAGAAUGGAGGUGGAAGAGGGGGACGCGAAAAUGUGCAGGCUAUGCGGCCAGUACGAGAGGAUCUACAUCGACGUGUUUGGCGAGGAGGGCAUCAAGCGCUACCUCGGCCUCAAGAUCCACCGGAAGAUCAACAUCGUGAUAGACGAGAAGGAUCCUCUGCCCAAGGCGAUCUGUGUUCAGUGUCUGGGGAAGCUCGAAUUCGUUUGCGACUUUCAAGAGGAGUGUCUGCGCACCCAAGAGACGUUGCGCGAUCAUUACAAUCUACCACCGUUAACAGAGUCUAUCGAGGUAAAGAAUGAGGAAUCAGCGUCGCCGGUGGGCACCUCGUCGGCGGAUAAUAACAACAGUAUUGAAAAGAAUCUUAAUUCCACCAGAGACAGCCAGGCCGAGGAGAGCCAAGGUGACGUAGUUAAGAAUUCGGAACCGAAGAAGAAGAAACACACUCCGAAGAUCCUGAGAAGUCUUCGUAGUCAGCAACAGCAGCAGGCUUCCAAGUGCAAUGACGAGACCGCGGAGAAGAAUCAGGGCACGGAAACGUCGCCGACUCGCUGGCUCAGAAGCAAGCAAAGCGCGGACUCGUCGAACGCGGUGGACGACGUGGAGGAGAUCCCGAUCGCCAAUAGAUUGAGGAGUCAAAACAACGUGGAAAAUAACGCCGGUGUUCGUUCCGCGAAUAAUAAUAGUAAUAGCAGCACCGAGAGCGUAGACAAACAAGGCAGUCCGAAGCAGCAACAGGACUCGACGAUAACGACUCGGUUACCGACCUCGGCUCUGAAUAAAUUGUUAACGAUUUUCUCCAGCUCCCCCGACAUCGAGGUCUCCGUGAAGGAGACGAGAAAUCGAACCGACACCGAGGAUAUUAGCUUUACCGUGGAGCUGUGCAAGAAGCAAAACGACGAGGUGUUGACGGCGCGAGCACGAGUCUUCCCCGAUCAGGGCUACUGUCUGGUCGACACAAGGAUCGUGGAUUUGCUGCAGAGCGAGGGCAACGCGGAGGUGAACGGCAUCGUCAGCAGCAUCCUCAGCAGCACGUCGACGAAGAACAGCAGCGCGAUGGCGAAGCUGAAAAAUCUGGCGGAGUUGGAGCAACGGCUGGAGGCGACGCAGAACCCGGCGGAUCUCUUCAAGAUCGACGGCGAGGAGAUCAAGGUGGACGAUAAUGUGGAGCAUGUGGUGAACGGCACGCAGAACGGCUACGCGUGCAAGCUCUGUCGGAAAUUCUACGAGCGCCGUGACAAGUGCACGGUCCACGUGAAGACGCAUCUCGGUAUCAAGCAGUACACGUGCGUAGUCUGCAACGCCAAGUUCGUUUGCAAGUCCGACGUGAUGAAGCACAUCCGGUGCUCGCACACCAAUCCCAGGCCCAUACAGUGUCCCAAGUGUCCGAAGCGGUUCAAGUCCAAGUUCUACCUGGCCGAGCACGACAACGUUCACAAGGGCGUGCGGCCGUACAGCUGCGCGGACUGCGGGCAGAGUUAUCACCACAAGGUCUCGUUGCAAAUCCAUAUGAAGUCCCAUCUGCCGCCGCAGAAUCUGGCGUGCGAGUUUUGCGGCAAGGUCUUCCCGUUCCGCACGAGACUGCUCGGCCACAUCGCGAGUGUCCACACGAAGAAACGGCGCAAUUUCCGCUGCCGCUUUUGCUACAAUCUCUACUCGAGUCUGGCGGUGCUGAACGAGCAUAUCAAGACCCGUCACGCGACCACGUACACGUGCGACACGUGCGGCAAGACCUUCAAGGUCUCCUCCAAAUACAAGGCCCACGUGCUGCAGCACUCCAAUCCCAAGCCGUUCGAGUGUAAUGUCUGCAACAACCGUUACGCGUCUAAAGCGUUUCUCAACGAGCACCUGUUGAAGCACGAGGGUCUGCGCAAACACAUAUGCCAGGAGUGCGGCGCGAGGUUCGCGCAGGCGAGCCACCUGGCCGCUCAUCGUCACGUGCACGGAGAAAAGACGCACGCGUGCCCGGAAUGCGGCAAGAAGUUCAAUCGUCGCGACAACAUGAAGGUGCACCGGAAGCGACACUUCGGCGAGAAGAAGACUGGUGCGGCUGGCAAGCAGAAGGUCGCGUCCAAUAACAAUCUGGCUGCUUUCACCGCGUCCGUUAACGAGAAGUAACGCUCAACGCAGGUAAUCACUGGAGAGGAGAAAAGACUAUAAGAGAUCUGUAAUCUCGUAAUAGACUGGACCAGAAUUCGCGAGGAAUUGAAGAAAGAAGCUUCCAAGAUUGAAUACUUAACUGAGUAUUUCGAUUGAGAAGAUUGCUCAAAGACGGCAAUUGCCUUUGCAUAUACACAAUUGGUGCUUCGAUGAAUUCCCGAACGUCAUUCCUUUUAUCUUUAGCAGUACAGCUGAACUUCCUCCUCCCCUCAUCUAUUUUCUUAACUCGGGGACCAAUCUUCUAUUCUUAGUCCCUUCCCUGGAGAGCCCGUUCUUAUUUUAAUAUUAGUACAAUAAUACACACGGAAAGAAUUUUUUCUUAAAAUUUAUCCUGAUAAUC